GAUCGUAAUAAUAAUAAUAGUUGCUUAAAUGUGUUUCAUUAUUAUUAUUUGAAUCAUCUGAUUCGUCUUCGGUAUUUGGUGAUCGUUUCUCUCUGUUCUGUUUUUCUUGUUGCUUCACUGAUUUUACUGUCCAUGCGUCUACAUCACUAGCAUGGAACUGAGGCAAUCUUCGGUAUCUCUUGCCAGGAUAACAAAUGAGGAGACACUUGGCAAAAUAUUAAUUUUACUGAAGCACAACAUGAAGCUGACGAUUAGAGAAAACAACAGCAAUAGCAAGUGGCGGCAUGAAGAUAAGACGUGACUGUUUGCUGACAACGUGAACGUGUACGUGAGGGUGUUCGCUAUUGGUAGACACUACAGCUUUAUUUAAUUAACUCUGGGACAAAUUAUUUUUCCGCGAUGUCUAUCAUCAGUUGCCGUAUGUAUGCGGCUACCGUCAUUGACGAUGUCGAUCACAAUCGAAAUAACGCGGUGCUACUGAUAUAAUGACGAUAAGGGACAGUCUAGUGGCGGGCGCGACCAAUAGUAAAAUCAGCCCCUGCGGGUCGUUCGAUCAUAUGCCCGAAAACGCCGCUUUAAGCAUAGCGAGCCAGGCAUAUAUAUGCAAACAGGACGGCAAGCAAAGAAUCAGGCACCGGACGGACACAGAACGGAUACCGACGACAACCGUAGCAGCCUGCAGCUAUGCACCAGAGUACCACUGCUAGUAGCACCAGCCAAUGCACUCGCUACGGAACACUAUGAGUCGGCGGUACUCUGCCGACUCCACUUUUCACGCGUACGAGCAACAGCGUCCUACCAAAACCAUACUUGCCGCACUCGUUCGCCCGCACAACUGCCUGCACACACACGCACAUAAUAAACACACGGGGAACACAUACUGGCCUACCAAACAAAUCAUACACAAACAGAAAGCCCAGAGGCUGACGGACAAACACACAGAUCGACACAGACAGGCAGACCGAGCAAGCAACUGACGAAAGAUUGGGCGGCGGAAGCGGCGCACAGAGACACACGAGUAGCCCCCUUAACCGCAGCAAUUACCAACACACACACACACAACGGAUUCGCUACUGGCGCGAUUCGUUCCAAAUGAGCCGUUCCUAUAGAGAACGUUGCUUACUUGACAGAGAGAGAAGAAUUAACGCCUUGAAGGCACGGCCCCCGUCAACAAAACCUAGACACUAGAGAGCAUUUCCCCGCUAGGCGACCAGACACUGUAUUCUAUAUAUGCACACAUACAAAUAGACACGCGAUGUAUAGCCCGGCAUAUUAUAUAGUAAGAAAAACAACGAGUACCUGUGUUUUGAUGUAAGCAGACGACAUGGAGAAAACGAUAUAAAUAACACAACAAGGCAGCCAUUGCAGACGACGAGGCACACAACAAUAUGUUAAGAAAUAGCGCUAAUAACAUGGCGUCACCGAUCACGGGCCCUUAAGAGAAGAUUAGCGGGUUGUUGGUUUCUGCUGUGCCUGCUAACAUUCUACUUUUUUUUUUUUUUAACUUAAGAUAGUACCUUGACCUCUACCGUAUGGGAAUGUAGAAUUAAUUUUUACGAAAAUAUAGGUCAUUGGGAAGCAUGGAACAGUUAUUCUUUUGCGGUGUUUAAAAGGGCUUUUCCUGACAUUACUAUGUGCCUCAUGCUUAUACUGGUUAUAUCGUGUCUGGCUAACAUCCAUAUCACUGGGUCCUCGUAUAUGAUUCGAAUCCGUGGAGUAAAGAUUAACGCUAAGAGAUUAAUGGUUUAUAUAACUAUCUAGCAUAUUUUUUGGGGAAAGUACAAUUUCAUGAGAUGUGCAUCGACACGCGUAUCUUCAACUCUUAAAACUUCAGUUUCAAUGACGGAGUGCGCGGAUACACCAUAGCAUACGAGCCGUCGUAAUAACGAUCAAAGUAUCUCUGGAAGUCGCCAGAAUACACCAAACAUCCAGAGACGUUAAAAAAAACAACCUCUUAUGGCGAUAACGGAAUUAAUCGCCUAAACCAUGCCUAAAUAUCUAGAUGUCACGGGCACGAAGCUACUUGGAAAUGCUUGCCGAGCGCUAGCGCUUUGUGUCACGGAAGCGUACCGCACUAUUUCUGCAAAUGCGGUUUCGGUUUUGGCUGGUAAAUAACAAGAUUUUUCCCGAAAAGUGGCAGUAAAGGACACACCCCAGAAUGAAAGACUGAAUUGCACAGCCCGGUAGAGUGACUCACGUAGACGCUUACUGCUCAUGAUAUCCUUCAAAGCUAUCUUCACAAUAUUGGUAAGGGCCUUGCGGGCAGUUGCGUCUUUUGCACAGCGGAGUUGAAAGGCUGAACUCGCCACACGCUGGCGAUGUGUUCGACACAUCAGAGGGCCACAUAAGACAGGAGGGAUGAACUUGAAAUGAAUGAAGGGGUACGCAUUUUUUAUCACUCAAUCGCGCUAGCACGGGGAAGGAUGUCGUUGCCAGGGAGGUUGUAAGUUUGUGGAGCACUGAAAAACUUGCAAAUUCACACGGGCCCGAUCGAGAUGGCAGACACAGAGGUCGUCGAUGUUGACGCUUCACACCAGCCUUUUGGGCCUGUGGUUAGGAAAUGUGCCCUGUGCUUUUCGGAAGUUACUGUCAAGUCGGAGCCGUUCUUAUUACCGUGUCUGCACACGGCAUGCAAGGCGUGCCUUCCUGAAGAUCAGUCAACGGUUCAAUGCAACCAUUGCGACCAAAUAUUUCCACCAAGUGCUGCUAUCCGUCAUUUGGUCCUUCUCGAUCGCCUCGAAAAGGAGACUCCAGAAGAGGAGGAUAACUCAGAGGAAUCCGGACCAAAAAACCUCUGCACGUCGUGUGAUGAAGGCGUUGCUGCCGGAGGAUAUUGUAAAGAUUGUGAAGAAUGGCUUUGCGCAGCUUGCAUCAAGGCCCACCAACGAGUCAAAGUGACAAAAGACCACAUAAUUCUAUCGACGGAACAGGCCGGGCGGGCACUUAGGGCGGCAGCAAAACAACGAUUUCAGAUGUGUGAAAAACACCCGAAGGAACCGUUGAAAUUUUACUGUAGCAAGUGUUCGGCAUUGACUUGCCGUGACUGCCAGCUUGAGGAUCACCAGAAUCAUGGCGAAUAUUUAGCCUUAGUCGCUGCAUGGAAACAGCAAGAAUCCGAUUUCAACACACAACACAAACGCAUUGCAGAAAAACAAGCCUUUAUUCGGGAGUAUGUCGCUUCGUUAGAGAAGUGGCAGGAUGCCACAACACAGGUGGAAUCGAAAGUUGUGGGCGAUAUUCGAGCGUACGCAGUACGAGCCAUCACCUUAAUCAACGCUAAGGCAAAGAAAUUAAUCCGAGAAAUACAGGAUACGUGCAACCAUAAACGGGAGGUGCUUAGUUAUAAGAGGACAGAGGUUCUACAUCUGUGCAAGCGACUUCUUGACUGUCAUGCGAUUGUGGACGACAUGGUCUCUACGGGCAGCGAAUUGGCAUUGAUGCACUCGAAACAGACCAUGGAACGUCGGAUGAGCGCCCUUAUCGAAAAGGUUGUGCAGCUGCCUAGCACCAAGGCGGAGAUUAACCUUAAGUUCAUUUUCGAGCCAAAGGUACUUGAUGGUUUAGCCAACACUGGCCAGAUUAUUGACUUGUCUUCGCUACGAGAAUCGGCGCAUAGCUUACGAACACAGUAUAAUGGCCAGCAGAGCCGACCUCAUUCAGCAAGCGGGGUCUUAUCGAACGGGCGAUCCGCUCCCAGUCCUGCGUUAUCGAGUAAAAGCGGGUCACCUCACAGCUUACCUGGUUUUUGCUCAAGCAGCCAACAUCCUGCCCGGCCGCCGUCUGGGCCUUCCCUAAGGGACAAGGAGCCUCGAAGACCCACACCAUCUCCGUCACCUCUCGAAAAUGGAAGCAAAGAUGACCUCGUUAUCACGGGCGACGUGGAGCCACCAACUGGAGGCCGCACGGCGCCAUCUCCGCUGUCCGUGUCCUCUAGUAGCGUAACUUCAGCGUCUGGUGGAGCAUCAGUUACCGCAUCCGUAUCAGUUACCGCAUCCAUUUCUGUGUCGGCCGUAGAAUCUACACGACUUGUUUCGUCAGCAGAUUCGCAACCCCCGCAAGCUACAGAACCCGAUACUUCUGCAGUGCCCGAGGAUAAUGAUAACAGCGAUGAUUGGUGCGCAGUGUGCCACGACGGAGGAGAACUCCUUUGCUGUGGACUCUGCCCGAAGGUUUACCAUCUUCAUUGUCACGUUCCUUCGUUGGUGUCCACUCCAAGCGAGGACUGGAAGUGUACACUGUGCACCCCUGUACAGGAAGAUUCAUUACCAGCUGCUUCAAAGGAUGGCGCUGGCAAACGAAAAAUACCCGUUGGACUGAGUGGCAAACAACUGAAGAUCGCCGAGAAGAUCCUUCUGCAAUUGUUUUGCCAUGGCUCGUCGACCCCUUUCCAAACGCCUGUUAGUCGAACUGUCCCAAACUACUUCAAGAUCAUUACGCGACCAAUGGACCUUUCAACGGUAAAGCAGAAAUUGUCGGCGAGUCACUUCAAUCACUAUGAGAGUGCUACCGCUUUUAUUCAAGACAUACAAUUGAUCUUCUGCAACUGCUAUACCUUUAAUGCCAAGGAAUCGCCGUUAGCUAAACAGGCUCAGCUUCUCGAACAAUACUUUAAACAGCUUAUCGAGAAAGAGUUGCCUGAAUGCAUCGGUGACCUAAAGGAUCAGUUAGAGGAGCUUGAUGCAACUAAAAAAGCCAAAGUGGCCUAAAAGUUGGGUUAAACUCUUCAGGA